AUUAAAGGAAUAAAAGAGCACAUUUGGGCUUGUACAAGUGUAGCUCAAGCAAACCCUCCUCCCUACUCGUCCAGCCCAUCAAGCUCCUCAAUCCAAACGGGCACUUCGUAGAAGCUGCGCCACGUGUCUGCUAGCGCAAGGAAAGGCCGGGAACCUUCUAGAAUCCGCUGGAUGCUUCUCUCACCAAUGUCCAACCUAAUCCCGUCCCCAAAUCCACGUUUCUAGACGCCUCCUCCUUCCCGUGGAAACAAUUGCCUUCCUUCCCGCAUCCUCCUCCCCUCUCGUCUCCCCUGCACGCGGAACACCGCCGCUCCGGCCACCUGCCUGCCCAAUGGCGUCGCCGGCGGCGGGGACGCCGCCGUUCCUGACGAAGACGUACGCGAUGGUGGAGGACCCCAGCACCGACGAUACCAUCUCGUGGAACGACACCGGCACGGCCUUCGUGGUGUGGCGCCCCGCCGAGUUCGCCCGCGACCUCCUCCCCAAGCACUUCAAGCACAGCAACUUCUCCUCCUUCGUGCGCCAGCUCAACACCUACGGAUUCAAGAAGGUGGUGGCGGACAGGUGGGAGUUCGCCAACGACGGCUUCCGGCGAGGGGAGAAGCACCUGCUGGGAGGGAUACAGAGGCGGAAGGGGACCGGCACCACGGGGGUUGGCGGCGGGGUGGCCAUACCGGCGGGGAUACCGAUCAUCUCGUCCCCGCCCACGAGCUCCGGCGGGGAACCGGCGGUCUCCUCGUCGCCGCCGCGCGGCUCGGCGGCGGGGGUGAGCGGCGCGGUGGCCGAGCUGGAGGAGGAGAACGCGCGGCUGCGGCGCGAGAACGCGAGGCUGGCGCGGGAGCUGGCCCGCGCGCGGCGCCUCUGCGACGGCGUGCGCCAGCUCGUGGCGCGGUACGACCACGGCGAUGAGGAUCCGGCGGAGGGCGACGAUGGGCACGGCGGCGGCGGCGGUGGUGGAGGCCCCAGCGGCCGCGGAGCGAAGCCGAUGCUGUUCGGUGUCGCGAUCGGGGCCAAACGGCCGCGCGGCGCGGAGGACGGGGACGAGGUGGAGGACGGCGAGGACGGGACUGCCGAGGAAGACGGCGAGGAGGACGAAGAGCAAUACGACGACGAGAGGCACGCGGCGCGGGGGAGUAAGGCGGCGAGGAGGAAAGAGGUAUCGGAUCUGGACGUGCUGGCGCUGUCCGUGCGGGCGGCGGCGGCGGCGAGGCCGGGCGGAGGGUCGCGUGACAGCAAGAGCUCGGUCUCGUGACAGCCCGCGCCGCGAGGACUGAAAUUAGUGUGGCACUCGUGUAGAGUAGUCUCGUUUGUAUUGGGAGAUGGUGUAGGCGUAAUUGCGUAAACUGAAACAUGUUUGUACUACAUCAAUGGCCUUGCUUUAUUGUGCUUUGCACCGUCCUGCAGUCCUGCCGAUUCUAACUAGGGCUUGUUUAGUUCAAAAAUGAACUUGUUUAGCCAAAAGCCAAGCUGACAAAUGUUUGUUGUGGCUCUGUAAUCGUGUAAUGAAGUAUUCUAAUUUAUAAUUUCAUUUUCAUGUUCCA